AUGAGCAAGUAUUUGUUAGUCUUGAUUUCAGUCAUUGCGACCUCUUCGAUCGUCUGUGCAAUAUUUCUCGAUGAUCCAUGUCCAACGCACGCGUGUCUGGCUUUUGUUGAUACAUUAGCCAAUUAUCCACGUCAGCACGAUUACGAACAAAUAUGUUUCGAUACGGCUUUUACUUUACAAGAUAUAUCACGCUAUUUUGGUGGAUGUGUUCAUCCAAAAACGCGCCAACGAAAUCCUGAUUGUAUUAUUGCAUUGGCGAAUACUAUAAAAAAUUGUGUAGAAAAAUUGCACGAUAUUCCCAAAGAAAAAGCGCGUCAUUGCUGCGGUCGUAUAAUGACGAAAUAUUCAUUAGACGAGAAACGUAUUUGGUCGAAGAUGGCAAAACUCUUUGUAUUAUUACUUUUCUUGACAAUAAUUCUGGCUGUUGAUGCGAUUGCAUUCGACUUUCUUCACUGCAAAGCCGCAACGUGUCAGCAGUUUCAUUAUGGUUUGAGAAAAUAUCCCCGGCGAGAUCAAUAUGUAAAUGUAUGCUUUGACACUGUCAAUGCUCUCCAACAGAGCGUACAAAAACACGGCAAAUGUUUCGAUGAGGCGACAAAGCAAUUCAAUAAGUCAUGUAUCUUUGCCUUGGCAAACAUCAUGAGAAGUUGUGUUCGUGAGUUGAAUGAUGUACCUGAAUAUGUCGCAAAGCAUUAUUGUGGGCGUAAACUGAUGCAAAAUUGUGCGAGACAACUCGGCAUGGAACGGUUUCCUUUCAAAGCAGAUGCUCAAGAGCCAGUCGAUGAUGAUUAUUAA